CAUCAAUAAUUAAUUUUAUAAUGCAAGUGGAUCCAAAUAAUCAAGCAGAAUCUGAACAAGAAUGUGAUGAAGAGUUAGAGGCAAAAUUAGCACACUUUUUUGAAUUGAAGGAUAAAGGAGUUCAUUUUAAUGAUCAUUUAUUAAAAAACAAAGCAUUUAGAAAUCCACAUAUAUAUGAUAAAUUAGUUGAAUUUGUCCAUUUGGAUGAAAUAGGAUCUAAUUUUGAUAGAGAAGUAUAUGAUCCAUAUGGGUUUCCAGCGGAAGCAUACGCAGAUCAACUCGCGGCAACUCAAAAGAAAGUUGCAGAAGAACGCGAAGCAGCCAAAAAACAACAACAAAGAUCACAAUUAGCAUUUAUGUGA